UUCCACUAAAAGAUGUUUGAAAGAUAUACUAUUUGAGUUCUUUUCGUAUAAUUACCGCGCCUUGAUUCUAUAAAAUAGUUUAACUUUAUAAUGGCUACUAAUCCUAGUCUUGUAUUGGAAAACGGUUUGAGCCUGCGGCAAGUGCUCACGACAGGCUCAGUUUUGCAAAUCAACGAGGACUACGAGAAUGCGGAUUCUAAUAUGGAAUUGGAGACGCCUAAGACAAAGCUUAUCGAUUUUAUUGGGGAACCUGUAAUGUCUUUUCAAGAAUUGAAAAAUAACUUGUAUGAAGUAGACCCUGCUGGGCUUGUGAAGAAGAAAAUUCUAGAAGAGGGGGGUGGUUUCCCGUUGGAUAAAACUAAUACAGUUUAUAUUGCAUUUUCGGGAUAUUGGGAGAAGGAACAGGAGCCUUUCGAUAUUAGGAAACCUGAUAGACCUCUGAUAGUAGACCUCAGUGAUAGUGGAUUAUUACCAGGCUUGCAGAUUGCAGUUGAGUCUAUGCUUGUUGGUGAACUGUCUGUAUUCUUGCUAUCAUAUGAACUCAUGUAUGGAGAAUUGGGUAUUGUGCCAAGGAUCAAACCUAAAGCUGACUGCAUUUUCUAUGUAAAACUGAUUAAAAGCAUUAUCACUCCUACUGAAGAAAAGUUAAAUUUAGCAGAACCUAACAUUUUUCAAAGAGUAUAUCAUGAAGUUAAACUCCUAUAUGGUUCAGGAGUAACAUUGUACAAAUCUAAAAGUUACUCUGCAGCUAUACAGAUAUUCAGAAAAGCUAUUUACAUGUUACAUAAUUGUAGAUUAGCUGAUGAGGAUGAGGAAAUGCUGCAGGAAAAAAUGCUCAAGAAAUUAUACAUUAAUUUGGCGGUAUGUUACAAUAUAACCAAACAGCCAUUGAAGGCCUGUGUUUCUUGCAAUGAACUAAAUAGGUUAGGUAGUCUAUGGAACAAUGCCAAAGUGUUACUUCAAAAUGCAAAGGCCCUCAGGAUGAUAGGCCAGUUUGAACCAGCUUUAAAAAAACUUCGAAAAGCUAAAAGUUUAUGUCCACAUAAAAAAGAAAUUGAUGCAGAAUUUGAACUGUUACAAAGAAUGCAGAAAAGCUGUGAUAAAUCAAAACUACUCAUUGAAAGAAUAGUGGGACCCUCUAAAGACUUAGUCAGUGAGGAUUUCAAGAACGAAGUUGACAAUUUAAUAAAGAACUUUAAAGAAAAUGCUGAUUUGUGCAAAUUAGUCCUCCCAGGAAAUUUGAAUUUGGCAGAGACUGAGUAUAUAAAAGAAGCAUGUGUAAGAGAAAAUGUAUUUUUCAAUAAGAUUCAUAAGGAUUUUGCCUUGGACAAAGAUGAGGUAAAAUCAAGUCAAAGCAAAAGUGAUGAUUCUCCAGACUAUGAUAUUUAUGGAGAGGAAGUGUUUAAUUGAGAUAGUACGUUAUGGUUUGUUGAUUAUCAAUUAGAUAAAAAAAAUCAUAUAUUUUGCUGUCAGGUUACUUGUAUUUUACUGAAUACUGUCGAUCUUACCUACAGAGUAUAAGCAUAGUGUAUAAUAAGAACAAGUAGGCCCUGUUUGGCGCGUAUAUGCCUACUCUUCGCUCGGAGCGGAUAAUUUAUUAUUAUUAUUCUAGUUGAUACCUACAGAUUGUAAACAUAAUUUGAAAAAAUUUAGGUGUUCAUAGCUGUAUUCUCGGGCUAUAUUGAAAUAACCUUUUUAAAAUGCAGUAAUAUGUUUACGUAUUUCUAUCUUUAUCUACACCCAUAUCAUUAACUCUAUAAUGUGUUCAAAAACCGCAAAUUACUGCCAGCAUAAAGCUUUUUAACGUUGUCACAUUGUUAGAACAAAUUUCUUAUAUUCGAUGUUAUUAUUACAUUAAAAUUUCGAACAUAUCUGAAAAACAAAACAGUUUGAUUGAUCCCUCAUUUCUAAUAUCAGUCGAGAUCUUAGAGGAUGGAAAAAAAUUUCCAUAGUCUAAGGUCGAGAUGAAGUUAUAAUCGAAAUGAAAUGUCAAUAGCAAACAAUUUCGACAAUUUCACGUUUAUUUUACUUCAUAUCGAAUUGAUAUUUAUCCUAUACAUGAUAUUGUAUACUAAAUCUAUGUUUAUAUCAAGCAAGGAUAUGCUAGUUAGGGCCGAUUUUAGUUUGUCUAUGAAUUAAAAAUAAAAACUACGGUUGUGUGACACGCGUGAGAAAAGUUUUUAUUUGC